AUGGUCCCUGGGCCAAGUGCAAACCAAACCUUGUAUGGUGCAGAGGUUUUGUAUUCAUAUUAUCCGUUUCUUUCGGCAGACACGAUAUACCAACUCGACCAAGAGGAGCUCCAAUUCCUGGAAACAUUAGGAUGCUACCGCGUACCGGCAAGGGCUUCCUUGGACGAGUUCAUCAAAGCAUACUUUCUCUAUAUUCACCCGCUUCAGCCUCUCUUGGAUGAGGCUGAAUUCUGGCGGGCUUACUCCACUCCUUCGUCGUGUUCUACCAAGCCAAUCUCCAUUUUCGUCUUCCAAGCAAUGCUAUUUGCAGCCUGCAGUUUUGUCCCGUUCUCCACCAUUCAGCGACUCGGGUUUUCCAACUACUACGCAGCCCGUGCCACGUUCUAUCGACGAGCCAAGUCCCUCUUUCACGUCGACUCUGGCAGAGACGCACUGUCCAGUGCUCAGGGUGCUCUGUUACUCACAUACUAUGUCUCUGCCUCUGACGCCAAAGUAAAUUCUCUCUGGUUGAGCAACGCCAUAUACUUUGCCAGAACACUAAAUGCGAUGCAUCGACAUCAUGAACGAAAGAAGGACGGCAUCCAGCAAUGGACCCCACUGGAGCGGCUCUGGCGUUGUUGCCUGCUGCGCGACAGGGUGCUGGCACUGGGACUGCAUAGACCCAUGCAGAUUGGAGUGGAGGAGGGCCACAUUUCCAUUUUCCAGGAGAUUGAUCCUAAUGCCGGAAACGAGGGUUCAAAAUCCCGCGACUCAGCGGCUCGACGUGCACCGCCAAGGACAUCCUCUGCAUUCUCUGAGCUUGUAAACCUAUUGGGACCAGCCCUUGGAGUUCUGGGGCUGGAUCCCUCAAGACCCGCCUCUGGAGAGCAGACGGCGACUACUGACACGGUACGAGUAUAUUCCGAACAACUCGACGAGUGGUACGAGAGGGUCCAGGCCAGUCGCCACAUUGGUGCCUCCACGGACAAGACGGCGGUGUUGCAGAACAACAUCCUCUAUAUCUGCUAUCACGCGGCCACGUUAGCACUGUGGAACCAAGCGAUAUAUGCUUCUGUGGUGAACGCAUGUCCGAUCCACGCAGACCUGUCUGAAGGCCGGAAAAAGGUUGAAGCAGCGAUCCACGGCAUCGAUGCAUGCCUACAACAAAUAGCCGAGCAUGACAUGCUACCUUUCAUGCCUAUCACUCUAUCGGCCUAUAUCGUCAAACCUCUGGUCUGGCAUAUUUUAAAUGUCAAGCUGGAUGAACACGGCCAGCAGACCGACAGCCGAAAGGCGCUCACCGUGUAUCUUGUUGCGCUCAAUGCGCUCAGGGAGCGGUAUGAAGGAGUUGAAAGAGUUGUCCACCAUGUCCGCCAGCUCGUUAAUUGUGCAGACGCAUUCAAUGUUCUUCAGUCGCCGGGUCGUGAAGUCCGACGACCCGAAAACGAAUUGCCGUCCAGUAACAGUCACACCGCAGAUGUCAUCACGAGCUCGCCUCAAUUCUUCUUGCGGUCGAUGAUCACGGUUCAACUUGCCCUGGCCCGCGGGGAAUAUCCGGAGAAUGACGAGUUGCCUUCGCAAUUGGCUUCACCUGCAGAUACCGAUGCCGAAAACACCUGCACGUGUGUCUCGAAUGAAAUCUGGGACCUGCCGGAGUUAGGAGACUUCCCUGUUAUAACCGGAGUCGCAACGCCAGAAGACUGCACGCCUGAUGCCUAUCCUGGAGGUGCUGGUAUGUUUCGCAAUCUUGAUUCCCUGGCCAGUUUCGACGACUUUUUUGAAUUCUUCCACACUGCAGGCCCAUGA